AUUCUCCGCAGUGUCGACUCGCUUGUGAUGGCUGUCACACAGAACAGCUGUACCCCCUGCCCUGCUUUGCCUGGGUCCGUCCGUGCCUCUGUGUCUGUGAUGGUGUUGUGACUUGUGAUUCAUGCAGCUUCUCGCUCUCGCGCUCGGCUCUUACCUCCUCGCCGAGCCUCUGACCCCCGCCGGCUGGAUGCUCCCCCCGCUCCGUUCUGCUCGCGUUGGUUGGCGUUGCUUCUAAAUGAGCGGCGACGAGUCCUUAGUGGACACCUCCUACCCGACCGACAGGAUCAACAGUUCGUCUGCUCCGCUGUCACUCGACAGCCUAGACGAUCACGCCUUCCAGGACGGCGUCACUUUCGCCCCAGGCUCCAGUUUACUUGGAACAAUUGAUUCGCCAUUGAUAAACCGUGAGAGCCAGCCCCUCCUAGGUCGUAUGGACCUGGAGGGCUCGCUCAACAAUUUUCCAGAUGACCCAAAAUUUGCGGAACUGGUUCGACAAGCAGAAAUGGCAAUUGAUAAUGGUAUCUACCCAGAAAGAAUCUAUCAAGGUUCCAGUGGAUCAUAUUUUGUCAAGAACUCAGCAGGGCAAGUCAUUGGAGUUUUCAAGCCUAAAGAUGAAGAACCUUAUGGAAGACUUAAUCCUAAAUGGACAAAAUGGAUGCAUAAGCUGUGUUGCCCCUGUUGCUUUGGAAGGUCAUGUCUAAUACCAAAUCAAGGCUAUUUGUCUGAGUCAGGGGCCAGUCUGGUUGACCAAAAGUUGGGUCUUAAUGUUGUUCCUAAAACGAAGGUUGUAAAACUAGUUAGUGAAACUUUCAAUUAUCGUGGCAUUGCAAGGCAAAAAACAAAAGUGAAACAAGUUGUCAUGGACCGUGCACCAUGGAUAGGAAGACGUUUCAACAGAAUAGGUCUACCUCCUAAGAUUGGAUCUUUACAAAUGUUUGUGGAAGGUUUCAAGGAUGCUGAUUACUGGUUACGGCGUUUUGAGACUGAACCUCUGUCUCCCAAGCUUCAAGCUGAAUUUCAAAAUCACUUUGAACGUCUCGUGGUUCUUGAUUACAUUAUACGUAAUACAGACAGAGGUAAUGAUAAUUGGUUGGUAAAAUAUGACCAGCCCAGUGUCAAUUCACGUGCAAGUUCAAGAGGAGGCGGAGAGCUCGAAGAUGCAACGGAAUGGAAUGUUGUCCAGCUUCCUCAGAUAUCCAUUGCUGCCAUUGACAAUGGAUUAGCCUUCCCUUUCAAACAUCCAGACUCUUGGCGAGCAUACCCAUACCAUUGGGCAUGGUUACCCCAGGCCAAAGUUCCUUUUAGUCAAGCAAUCGGGGACCAGCUUCUUCCACUUAUUGGGGACAUGAAUUAUGUGCAGGACUUAUGUGAUGACCUGUAUCUUCUGUUCAAACAAGACAAAGGCUUUGAUCGACAUAUGUUUGAGAGGCAAAUGAGUGUGAUGCGAGGGCAGAUUCUAAAUCUGAAACAAGCCCUCACUGAUAGAAAAAGCCCAGUGCAGCUAGUGCAAAUGCCAUCUGUUAUUGUAGAGAGACAAAAAGGUCAUGUUGGAACAACAUCCCGGUUCAGGUCAUUCAGUGACACAUUUACCCAACGCGUCCACAUGAAGAGCCCUUUCUUCUCCUGGUGUUGAGUGCAUGAUGACCAAUCUGUCUUGAGACUGCAAUUUUGCUCAUAGUUUCUAAGAAGGACCAUCUAUCUCAGAUGGACUGUGAAUGACUACUGUACUUGAUGUGGAAUGCCCUGUUGUUGUUUUAAAAUGAAGCCAAGUGGUUCAUUUUGUUUUGUAAGGAUUGUGAGUUAAAGUUGUUUCGUUUUUUAUAAACUUUUUGAAAUGUAUUCUUCAUUACUCUAUGAUUUUAACUGAUUUAAAAUGCGUACCAUUGAGUUUUAAUUGCUUUUAACUGUUACAACAGUAUAUUAUACCAUUUGUUUACGUACAUGAUGUACGUUUUUGCUGCCUAUCUACCUAUCUGUAGUUUGAAUUUUUUUCUUCAUUUUUCAUGGGAAUCAAAUAACUUACGUUGCAGGCAUUUGAUUUGUUUCAACUUUAGAUUCAACCAUAUCACUCAUAGGUAGUCAAUGAAUUUUUUCUAUGUUGUGCUGUGAAAGAUACUGAUGUGCUGAUUAAUCUACAAGGAAUUAAUGGAGCUACAUGUUGACAUCUAAUAUUAUUUUCUUUGGCUGAUUGGGAAAAACAUUCCAGUCUUUCUUUUUUUAAUUUGGCACUCUUGUGAAUAGUGCACUUUAAGUUCAUUAUUAAUUCUGGAAUGUCCCAAUGAGAGGUUGUCAUUCCUUUUAGGGCUCUGUUAGCCAAAUUAAUUUUUACCAAAAGUGAUAACAUGAUAAAUGUAAAUGAAUCUAAUAUGUAGUUAAUCAGCCAGGAUUAUAUUUUGAAAAAUAUCCUCAAUCAAGUUUUAUGUGCAAAGUGAAAACCACUCAUAGAGUCAGUUUUUUUCUUACUGCUAUCUGCUAUUUAGAUUUUAGCCUUUCAAAAAAGAAUUUACUUCUGGCUGGUUACACUGUACUUUUAAAUUAAAAAUUGUAUUUAAAAUGUGAUGCAACUCCUUUGUGAUAUAACUUCAAGUCAAACAUUUAAAAUACACUAUCUAAAACUUCA